AUGCCGCCUCUGGACUGGGAAAGUUUGCUGGUUGUCAACACCGAUGAGGUCGAUGAUGUCAAGGCUGAUGAACUCUACGACAGCCUGGUUGAGUUUCAAGUGGAGGGAGAAGAUGACGCUGUUCGGUUACGGAAACUUUUCUAUGUCACACAAGCCGUCAUGAAUGUCAAGGGAGAACAGGCAAAAAUAUUUGAGGAGGAAAUGACGAAUGCUGCUAAAAACCAGGGGAAGGGAGAAGCGAGGAGAGAACGAGAGUUCAAGGAGGAAAUAGAGAAGCUCAAGAUGGAGAAUAAGAACUUAAAGAGAUUUGGAAAUGAGGCUGGAGGUACAACGAGGGAUGCCAAAUUCCUACGUGAUGAGAUUCAAGAUCUCGAAAGGCAAAUUGAGCUUUUACAAAGAGAUGUGAAGGAUCGCGAGAGGGAGUUGAUACAGGAGCGAAGCAGUAGUGAUAGGUAUGCAGUAAGAGCAGAAGAUGCGGAAAAGGAGUUGCGUGAAGCAAAGAGAAUCGCAGCACAAUUGGAGGAAGAUGUUCGGGACUAUCAACGCCAGCUUGACUCGCAGCGUGAUGCGCUACAGAAUCGUCAUGGUGAUGAUAUGGAGUUCCGCCAGAAGCUCACCAAAAAGAAUCGAGAACUGUCUGAAGCUCUUGAGGAACUGCAGAACCUGACUGAUUCUAACAAUGCUCUUCAGAAGAGCACUGAUGACAUGAAGAAGAAACUCAAUGAUGCUAUCAAAGAGAUGGAUAGAAUGACAGAUGAAUAUAUCAAACUUAAGCAAGUCCUGCAGACAACAGACACUGUCAUGGAUCAGCUGAAAACAGAAAAUGAAAUACUUCGUGGACAGGUGUCUGACCUUAUGGAUAAGGUCAAAAGUAAAGGAGAUGCUGAUGAUGAAAUCAUGGUACAAGUUAGUGAUAAGGUUGAAUAUUGGAAACAAGUCAUAGCUGAGAAGGAUGAAGAAGUUCUUGAAUAUCAAGAUGAGGUAACUCGUCUUAGACAAGAACUCAUAGCUAAGAACAUGGAUACCGAUAAAGCUUCUGUUGCAGUUCUUACUAAGGCUGUUGAAGAGAGAGACAAGCAGAUCGAGAUAAUGAAGCUACAAGUUGAUCAGGCUGCUGCUGACUUUGAGACAAAUACUGCAAUAAUUGAAGAUCUCAAACAGGAACUUAAUAAAGGGGGAGGGGGUCCAUCUGAGAGGCAAACUCAGAGAAUUGUCCAGUUAAACAGUACCCUGAAAAUGAAUGAAGAGCAGCUUAAAGAUGCUGAAGAGAGGAUGAUUCAAGCAGAACAAGAUGCUAAAGAUAAAGAUAAAGCACUUAGCGAGGCUCUAGAAAGAAUGAGACAAUAUGAAGAGGGUGAAUAUGGACUGUCAGAUGCAGUAGCAGAGAUUAAAGAUGGAAAGCUCCAAGUGCAGAUAAGAGAUAGACAAAUUGUAGAGUUAACUCAGCAUUCAAAUAAAUGUGAACUUAAGAUCAAUGAUUUGGAAGAAGAGAAUGAAAGUUACAGGGCUAAGCUAGGCCUUGACCCCAAGGAACCAGUUGACCUGACUGAGUUCAGAAAGGUCAAGGCCAUUCAGCAACAGAAAGACAGGGCACUCAAUGGCGUACUUCAGAAAGAGGUUGAGCGCCUGGAAGAAGAAAGAAUAGAAUUGAAAAACAGGAUCAGAAAACUGGCGCAGCAGCAAGGCCAGCGUGCAGCAGCUUUAGGUCUUGACGCUGAUGACAUUAUCGCUAUUGAGAACUUCACGGAGUCUUUGUCGCGGAAGCCUAGCAAAGGGCAGCAAAGUGGCAGUGCAGUGAAUAUUCUGAAGGGAGCUGAAAGCGAAGAACUGCGAAUGCGAAAUGAGCAGAUGGAACGUGAACUGGGCAGAAACGUGAAAAAUGCUGAUAAAUUACGUCAAGAAAAUGUUGAAAUGCAGACUAAGAUCAAAGAACUAGAGACAGAGAAUAAACAGCUUCAGCAGGGAAUGAGGGAGAUUAAUGACCAUUUGAAAUCUGCAGAUAUGGGAGUUGGUACAGAGAUAUCAUGUCCAACCUUGGAUAGGAUGUUAGCAGCCAUUGAUGCUAAAAAUAUGCAAGGUAACUAUGACACGACCCUCUACAUGAAAGCCCAGGUUGACAACCUCCAGGGAAGAGUAGAUGAACUAAGAAAAGAAUUGAGAGAGAGUAGAUAUGAGGCUAAUAAAGCCAGGAAUGAUCUGGAGAAGAAAACUGAAAAGGCUGAAAGACUAGAAAGUGAGAUGAAAGCUUUACGUGAAGAUGGUGCGGGGGCUGUCAUGUUUCAGCCGAUGAGUUUACCUGAAGGUAUAGCAGUCACUAGUGCAGAGACAAUCUCCAGUCUUAAUGAACACUUAGUUCAAGUUCUACAGGAGGUGCACUUAAAAGAGGAAACAAUAAAAAAGAUGGAGCUGGCUUUAGAGGACUACAGGAGAAAGUUUGCAGUCAUGCGUCAUCAACAGGGACUCAUUUAUGCAGACUAUAUCAGAGAAAAAAAGAGCCUCGAGACAGAGAAACAAAAACUAGAAGAUCAACUUAAGCAAACAGAUGGCAGCAUGGAAGAAAACAAGAUACGAGGCCAGGAGUUGGACCGUCUAACUGACACACUCGCCCAGGAUGAUGUGGAAGUACGACGCAGAUUGGCAGAUAUGACACGUAAAAUCACUGUGUUGAGAGUGAAUGAAAAGGCACUAACACGAAGAUAUAAUAGCCUACAGGAGGUCGAGGGGCACAGUAGAAAGGAAAUCACCCGUCUUAAGAAUGAGGCUGUUCAAAUGGAAGCUGCUGUCACUGAGCGUCUCGGAUACUUACAACGCUUUAAAGACAUGGCAGCAUUCAAGAUGGCUGCCUUACAAAAACGACUUGAUGAUUCUGUGCCAGCUGUUGACCUUGAAGCAGCCAAUAAACAGUUUAAUGAGUUGACAGAGAAAUAUAGAGAUUUACUGGAGCGUGGCAAUGUCCUUGUGGAGAGAUCAGAAGCUAAUUCUGGUUAUGAGAGUGAAGUAAAAAGGUUAAGAGCAGAGGCUGAGAGUCUAACUAAGGAAUUAGAAUCAGAAAAAGAAAGAUCACAUCUAUUUGAGGCUGCUCUUGAUGACCUCAGGAAACAGGGUAUUUCUAGUGAUAAAAAUCUAACAGAUGCAGGGUUAAUUUCAAUUUCUAAAAAACUGACAACUCUGGAGAUGAAAGAGUUAAAUGAGCGUCAGAGGGCAGAGCACGCACACAGAAUGUAUGAGCAACAGAAAUUAGUUCUACGAGAGGUAGAGGAUAGAAACUUGGAGAUUGAACAACGAUUUGCUGAGCUUGCUAAACUGAAUCUAGAGGCCCAGAAGGUAGAGAGAGAACUGAGAGAUGAAAUAUCAAAUUGUGUCACAAAAACCAUCAGUGAUGCUGAUAGACUGAAAAUAGCUGAACUUGAGAAAGUAGAAGCAUCACUAAGGGAAGAAGUCUCAAAAUUAAAGGAGGUAGCAGAGGUUGCCAGCAUGCAGGCCAAAGCUUAUGAAUCUCACCAAGUCUCCCGAGACAAGGAGGUCAUCUCAAUGAGGCAGCAACUUGUAGACUUUCAGGCCCAGAGUGAUGAAAAAACUAUUAUAGGUAAACUGCAUCGCCACAUUGUGCAGUUACAAGUCUCGGAGGGUACAGCUGUUAGAAAACUAGAGGAUGCUGAGAACAAAAUCCGCAAACUGAAUGCACAGGUGUUAAGACUGCAGAAGCAGGUUGAUGACAAGGAUCAGAUUAUAUACCAUAAUAGAAUAGAAUCUCAUAACAAAGCAAAACACCUUAAACGUAAUAUACAGAAUCUAAGAAGGCAAUAUAGUGGUGCUAUCCCCCUCAGCAAACAAGAGAAGUUUGCAAAAAGCAUGAUUCAGCUUCAAGAUGAUAAAAAAGCCAUAGAAGCAGAGCUUUUGGAGGUGAACAAGCAAAGACAUGUAGUAGAGGACAAACUGGCAAGUUUAGAGCUAAAGCAUUCUGGACUUGAAGACCUCAUAGUGACUCUAAAGGAUGGUAAGGGAGCUCAAAAGGUCAUGGAAUGGCAUGGGAAGAUGGAGGGACUGAGGCUGGAGGAUUUGAAGAAGAAAAGAAGCAUUGAUCGUUUUCAACAGCAGAUAAAGUACCUAGAAGGUGUUAUAAAAGGUCAUGAAGUGACACUUGGUACCCUAGAGGAAGAGAGUGUGAGACAGGCGCGGGAAUUUGAGGAGAGACAACUACAGUGGGAGCAAAGGGAGGUGGAGUUAGAGAGAAUGCUCUCCAAAAUGGAGGAGACACAAUCGACCAUUGCUGAUGCUGCAUCAAAGUUUGAGGAGGCUGCGGGUCAACUACCGGACCCCUCUCUACCUGUGGCCAAUCAACUGGAUCAUGCAAUAGGCACAAUCAAGAAAAAUAUUCGUACAAUACUAGAGACACAAGCUGAAUCUAAAGCUAUGAAAAAGCAAGUUCUCAGUCUCGAAGCAAAGGUGAGAGAACUAGAUAGUAACAUCAUAUCUCGCGACAAAGUAAUCACUGAAUUGAGACUGCGACUUCCUGCUACAUCCACACGUGAUGAGAUCAUCCUUAAAGCUACAUCCGCAGCCACAGAGGGUGCUAAAGAGGAAGAUUACGAAAGUAAGCAGGCUUUACGAGUGGCCCAGUCCACCAUUGGCAGCUUACAGGCAAGGAUCAAUCAAAAAGAGGAGACGAUCGUCAAGUACCAAGAUCUACUGAGGCAGGCACGGGAAGAUAUGCAGGAGCAAAACAAGCGUCAUGAGGCGGAGCUACUGGCCAUGCAGGAGAAGAUCCAUUCCAAACAGGAUGCAGCAUUCUCCAAAUUUAAACAAGCAGCUUUAAACCAAGUACAGCAAGCACAACCUGACUUGCCAUCUAAUAAACAGCUGGCUCGGUUGAAUGAACUUGAAGAUACGGUAGCCGAGCAGGACAAUGGAAUGUCAGCAUUGACUGACAAACUCAAACAAACCAAGCAAUACUUGGAGCAUUACAAACAGAAACUUAAAACUACAGUUGAGGCUAUGAAAAAUGAAAAAGAAAGAUUGGUUCAAGAACAUAAGGAAGUUGUAGAAAAUUUAGAAAAGCAAAUCACAGAUUACAAAACUCGUUUAGACGAUCAGGAACAAAAAAUGCACCUCCUAGAAGAAGAGCUCCAAAGUCAAAGAGAGGCUAAUGAGCGUGCACCAACUACAACCAUGAAAGCCUUGGUUGAUAGGUUGAAAAAUCAACUGGCUGUCAAAGAAAAACAGCAUAAGGCAUUAAGCAAGGCCUUAGUAGAGCUCAGGGGAGAUUUGGUGUCCCAGGCACAGGAUAAUGUUAAAGCAAAUGCUGAAGAAAAUGCAUCCGAAUAUAAUGUGCAGAAAGUAGUGCAGAAACAGACCAAGGAAUAUCAGGAUAAGAUUGAAGAACUUGGAGACCAGGUGAAGAGACUAAAGGCUGAGUUAAGGAAGAGACGAGACAGAGAGACAACACUCAAUGAAGAAAUGGAGGAGAUAAAGCAUGAUUUAUUGAAGAAAGAGAAAGCAGUUGCUAAGUUGAAGACAGAUAAACACAAGCUUGAGGAAGAGAUUGAAGGCUAUGAGAAGAAGAUUGAAAGAAUAUCAGCAAUGAGGAGCCAGAAACAAGGUGAAGGAAAUGCACAUGAGGUUGAGCAGCUCCAAAGACAAAUACGACUAUUAACUGAAGAGAACAAACGCAAGCAACAAGCAGAGAAACCAUAUGAGCAAAAGGAACCACAAAAAGAGAAAGGAGAUGAGGUUGUCGCCAGAUGGGAAGAGAGUAAAAAGUGGCAGAAGAUUGUGGAUCGCCUGAAAGGACGGCUUAAAGAUAAAGAAACAGAACACGAAAAGUUACAACGUGCCAAUGACCUGCUAAAGUCAAACCUUGACAGGGCCAACAAGGAUAAGGAAUCUCUGGAACACAAGCUAAGAUCUGCAUCUAAACAUCAACUAACUGGAGUGCCAGCGACUGUAGUCAGACCUAGUCAUAAUAUGGAGGAACUCAGGAAUAAGAAUUUCCAACUAGAGGAGGAGGUGGCCACAUUGCGUCGACACCUAACAAUUGAUAAAGACACAGCAUUUCAAGAUGUCCAACAACGUAACAAAUUCUUGUCAGAGAAACUGGAAGAACUGGAACGACAACUAGCAAGACGCAGUAUAGCUGGCGGUCCUGGAGGUUUUGCUGGUGCAGAUUCCUACCAACAACUACAAGAAAGGGAGGGAAACCUACAGAAAAAAGUCCUCAAACUUUCAGAGGAAAACAUUGAGCUGAGGUUUGAAGCUGAGCAAGCUAAGAAAGACAUCCCAAGGUUGAAGGAGAGAGUUGCAGACCUCCAGAAAUAUGUGGAAGUACUGAAGGCUGAGAAGUCUGCACUAGAGCUUGGUACUAGUUCAAGAUCUAUGGGUUCACUAGGAUCACCAAAUAGCAGUCUCAGGAGGAUUGGUGAGAGUGGUAAAAGCACUAAGGAGCUUGAGAAGACCAUAUCUCUCUUGAAGAAGGUGGUUGAGAGGACUCAGGUUGAGAAUGAACAACUGAAAAAAGCCCCUGGUCCUGUCUCUAAUGAACAAAUGGAGAUGCUUCAUAGGGAGAAUGAUGGACUCAAGGAACAGCUAGAAGAACUGAGGUUAAAGAUGGGGGCUCAGCUAACAGACAGGUACUCCCACACACAGAAAGGAACUGCAAAAAUUAUAUCUGAUUAUGAAAAGCUUAGGAAGGAACAUCGCAAAGAAAUAGAAGCGAAUGAGAAACUUAGAAUUGAACAUAAAACACUUCAAACAAAUCAUCAGAAACAACAAAGAGAUAAUGAAGAUUUACGGAAAAAACUUGAGUUGGAAUCAGCGAAACAUCCAUCUCUGUCAAGUUUGGACUCUAAGGGAUGGAAAUCUGUGGUUGUGACGCGCAUGUAUGAGGAAAAACUGAAGCAUCUUGAAGAUGACAUGGAGAAAAAGAGCCGACUGCUGGCUGAUAUGAAAGUGUUACUUCGGGAUGCAGCCACCAGGGAGCAGCAGCUGUUGCAAGAGAAGGACCAGUUGGAGCAUAAAAUUGCUGUGCUUGAGAGAUUCCCAGGGGGAUCUGGAGUGAAAGACAGUGACCUCAUACGAGAUAAUCAAGUGCAAAGGCUAACCAUUGACAGACUAGAAAAUGAGAAAGCAGAAUUAUUGCAUGAGUUAACAACUCUUAGAAAACAUUCUAACCCCAUAGCAGGGACUGAAGCCGAUAUACCAAGUGAUGACAUUCUUGUUAAACUACAAACGCAUGACAAAGUACUCAUGGACAAUGUUGAAGUAUCAACUAAACUAAAGGCUGCACAACUGGAGAUUGAAAAACUAAAACGUCACAAUGAAAAAAUGAAAAAAGAACUUGAGAAUUUUGGUCCAGAAUUUUUUGAUGAAAUUGAGGAUUUGAAGUUCAAUUAUCGUGAAGCUGUACAGAAAAAUGUCCAAUAUGAGGAAAAAUUAGAGCAAUUUUCUCAACAGUUUGGAGUAAGUGUUCAAAUACCAGGUCUCCCACCAUGAGCAAAUGGGAAGUUGAUUUUUUUUAAUAAUUUAUUUCAUGAAUUAAGAACUGAACAUUGUAAACGUAGUGCCACUAAGUUGAUGAUGUACUCUUUUAUUCAAUUUAAAAUUGAAAUUGUGUGUGCUCAAUUCAUUCAAUUGAUGCAUAUGUGAGAUCAUUCAACUGAUCAUCUGCAAGUUUAUUCAGUUGAUAUUGCCCAUAUGUAUCUGAUAAUUGUACAAAUGAAAAUAUGUCCAGUAAAAGAAAAUAUUAUUUGUCUUGCCAUUUUUUUAAUUUAUUUUAUAACAUGGGGCUUUUGGGGAAUCUACCGGACCCAGA